AUGUGUGGUGGAAACAAGGGUUUCAUUUGGACCGUCGACAAGCGCGGCAUCACCCUUUUGGCACCCACAGCCAUGAGCCCCAACACCAGUCGCGUCACGGCGAGCAACUUCCGCACGGAGCAGGCCAUCGGUGCAGCUGGUGGAUUCACUCCAGGGCCUCAUGUGGAUUUUGCCGUGUGGGUGGCAGACCCCUUGGCGAUGGAAGACUUGCAAGCACUCAAUCUAGAUGAACAACUCGGUGAGGGCAAUCCAAGUUGUACAGACCUUGCCGCUCACGAUGAGACAAUGAUGAACUACUUGCGAGAUGGCUUUGGAAAUUAUAGUAUUAGCACAUGUUCUGACGUGGCACCUUUUUGCAACUCUAUCACAACUUUGCCAGACUGGGGCUUGGAUGGUGGUCGCGGCUUUCUGUCACGUAUGCUUUGCUCCGAUACUUGUGGUUGCUCUGAUCCCGGAGGCUAUCAGUGGAGCCCAUUGUUUGAUUGGGGCUUCAAGACUCUAGCCUUCUUUUGUCCCAUGACAUGCGGAUGCGACUCGACGACCAGCAGCGAGCAAGACUUGAGAUGUCCUAUGCCUCAGGGAAGAAGUUGCGAAGAAGUGGUAGACUGCAUCUAUGCAAGGGGAGCAUAUCAUUGCGCAGAUGACGAGGGCUCUUCAAUUGUUGAAGGAUUGCUCGAACACACAAAGACAGACGUGGAUUUGUUCAACUCAUACGCCUUCGAGCUGCGGCAAGCCCUCCAGCAGUGCAGCACGGCAGGUUUGACGUUCAUGAACAACAAGUCCAUUCCUGUGAGUGCUAUGGGAUUGGAGUUGGGAUUGAUCGACAUCUACGGCAUCGGACCCAACAACUUGGACGCUAACAAUACCACGGAUGGUAUGUCUUCAGUACCUUCAGGGCCAGGAGCACCGACCGAUGAACGACCAGAUCCACCAGAAGGCCGUCAAGCUGGUGGAGCCUUGGCGGUCGCAAAAUGGCCCGCUAGAGAGCAAAAGACGGGAUGGAAACACUUCGACGCCAUGAGUGAUGCUUUGCUCCUUGCCGGCUUGGUGCGUGAGGUGGCGCUCAACGGUGGUUCUGUGGCUGCAGGUGAGCUGCUGCGAUAUGACCGACAGCUGCGGAAGUGGCUAGGCCAGGUGAUAGGAAGCUCCUACAAUUCAUUGCCCAGCAUCAGACUGCGGGAGAUCUCAGAAGUUGUUGUUUGUAGGGAAAUUGUGAGCCUACAUGACUGUAGGAACCGGCUCUUCGCCCACCUUGCUGCAGCUCAUGGCUUGCGCAGACCCGACGAAGUGAAGGCUCCCAAGGACCGGUCUGAGAUUUUCGAAGUUGGGCAACUGGGCGGUCCACAGGCCCCAGAGAAUGGUGAGGGCAUCCGGCUUCGUCAAACCUUGGUCGGGCUAAGCGACUCUGCCUGGCAGCAGACGGACCAGCUGCAAGAUGAAAGUCAGGAGCAACUUGCUGGUCGUGUUCUGACUGUCUUGCAGGCGAUGCAGGCCGAUCCUGUGAAGAAGCGUUUCUCCUAUCAGUUGCUCAGCGAGGUGGCUCAAGAUCGUGGUGUGCAGCGUCUCUUACAUGGACGAGUGUUGUCCAAAACUUUGGCGGGUGACGCAAGAUUCGAAGUGAAAGAAGAUCCCCGCCAUGGCAUAACUAUCCGGCUUUCUGGUGAUAGUGUCGUGCGGAAAGGGACGACAGACGCUGGCACAUCACCCUCAGCGGCCUCCAUGGUGUCUAUUUUGGCACGCCACGAAGGCUACGCAGUGGCUUUGGACAAACCGGCGGGCCUGACAACUGAAGAACUUAUUCAUCAUUUUGAGUCCCAAGAGAAACCAGAGGGUCCGCUCAAAAGUGUCUCACGCUUGGAUGCUCCUACCUCGGGUGCUUUGGUGGUUCCUCUUUGUCAGGACGCCAUGGAGGACUUGAAAGAUCACUUCUCAGCGCGCAGGGUCACGAAGGCCUAUUUGGCUUUGGUCUUGGGGGAGCCGCCCAAGCAUGGACAAAUUGAUGUGAAGCUUCGAGCAGUUCAGUCCGUGGAUCGCUAUCGCGCUGUCGUUCAUCCCUAUGGCAAAGAAGCUGUCACGAGCUUCCAACGGCUGGCAGUGCUUCAAGGGGAUGAGCAUCAUGAUUCUUACUCCCUGGUGCUGGCAUGGCCUUUGACUGGUCGAAUGCAUCAGAUUCGGGCCCAUUUUGCCCAUUUGGGCUUUCCCCUAGCUGGGGAUGUGCGCUAUGCACCUCGAAAGGGGUCCACUGCAUGGUCCGGGGAGCGCCUCUUUUUGCAUGCCGCUUUUAUCUCUGUGCCCUCGUCGCUGACAGCUGUGUCACCCUUGAAGGUGGAUCUCCUUGAGCCCUUGAAGGACAGGCAAGCCCACAAUCAUGUUGGUGUGCAUUAG